UCACGUGACCCGCCACUGGCGGUUCCUACCAGCCAGUUGAAGAUUGAACCCCGACUCCGUGUUCCGGCACAAAUUAAGCCCUGAGUGUAUUCAUAACGCGUAUGUAGCUAAUAAUAACAGUGACACUGCGAGUUUACUGCCAAAAAAUGAAACGCAGCUUCAGAGGAUCCCUACUGAACGCACGCACAGGGGAUCGUCUGAGUCAGGCGAACGCCGUAAGUGAAAUGGGGAGCUUCUGUGCGGCUUCGAAGGUUUCCGUAACCAGACCAAACGCAGACUCAGGGGCGCAGUUAGAAGUACCUCUAGCUAUGAUUGAGGAGAUCUUGCUGUACCUGCCCGCUCAUCAGGUGGUGCGAGUGUGUCGUCUGGUGUGUCAUGAGUGGAAAGAGCUGGUGGACAGUGCUGCACACUGGAGAGAGCGCUGUCGGAGAGAGGGGAUUCAGCCCUGUGUUGCUUCCAGACCCCCAGAGGACUGGUGCCAGUUUUACAUUUUAAAUAAGAAUCGACGUAACCUGAUCAAGAAUCCCAAAGCUGAAGAUGGAUUGCAAGGAUGGGAGAUUGUGGGUAAUGGAGAUGCCUGCUGGCUGAUAAAACAAAAUAGAAAACCAUUUCCAGGCAACACAGUCCGCAGAUGUUUUGUAUCAUCUAAUGGGUUAUGUUCGAAGCGACAGCUGAUUGAUUUGCAGAAAGAAGGCUACAGUGCUGCUUUCAUGGAUCAAUUUCAACCUCACAUCAAAAUCUCAGACUGGUAUACCACAAACACUCAUUACAAUAACCUAUAUCAAGUCAAUAUGCAACUGCUUAAUGAGGAGAUGCAAGCCAUUACUAGCUAUAAUCCGUAUAGAAUGCUUCUAGAAGGGGACAAUUAUCCAUGGUGUGAGAUAGCACAUGUCUUUCAAAAUUAUGGCCCUGGUGUUCGGUUUAUCCGUUUCACUCAUGGUGGGUUGGGUACACAGACCUGGAGGGGCCAUAAUGGAAUAAGACUCACUAACAGCAGCGUGGAGAUCUGUCCAGCUGCAGAGAGGUUGAGAUGUACGAAAUUCAACUUGCUCAUUAAUCCCAGCGCAGAAGAUGGACUUCAAGGAUGGAAGAUGGUACAUAGUGGAAGUGGCUGCUGGGUGACAGCAAAAAAUAGCAAACCUCUUACAGACACAGUCACCAGAUGCUUUGUAACAUCUUUUGGGUUAUGUUUAAAGCGACAGCUGAUUGAUUUGCAGAAAGAAGGCUACAGUGAUACUUACAUGGAUCAGGUGCAACCUCAAAUCAAGAUAUCAGACUGGUAUGCACCUCGUAAUGAUUGUGGAUGCGAGUAUCAGAUCUGUGUGGAGUUGCUUGAUCAGGAGAAGAAACCCAUCAGUACCUUUCACCCUGAGAAAGUGUUAUUUUACAUUUGGAACUCUUAUCCGUGGUGUCAAAUGACACAUGUCUUUAAAAACUAUGGAGCUGGAGUUCGAUUUAUCAGUUUCACUCACGGAGGGAAGGAUACACACUACUGGGCAGGUCAUUAUGGAAUCAGAGUCACUAACAGUAGUGUGGAGAUCUGUCCAGAUGAUGAGAGCUCCAGAUUCAUAAAUCGUAAUUUGAUCAAGAAUCCCAGCGCACAAGCUGGACUUCAACAAUGGGAGCUUGUUGCAAACGGAGGCCACCAAUGGAAGACAGAAGGAAAUCAACGAACAUUUCCGGUCAAUGCAUGUUUUGCAACAUCAUACGGAUUAUGUUUGAAGCAACAGCUGAUUAAUUUGCAGAAAGAGGGCUACAGUGAUACGUUUAUGGAUCAAAAGCAACCUCAUAUCAAAAUCUCUGACUGGUAUGCUCCACGCUCUGAUCAUAGAAGUGAAUAUCAGAUCUGUGUGGAGUUGCUUGAUCAGAAGAUGAAUCCUGUAUGUUCCUUUCAGCCUGAGAAAGUGUUCUUUCUCCAGGGGGGCGUUUAUCCAUGGCGUCAAAUGACCCAUGUCUUUAAGGAGUAUGGACCCGGAGUUCGGUUUAUCCGUUUCACUCAUGGUGGGAAGGAUGCAAAACUUAGGACAGACUGUAAUGGCAUACAGGUCACUAAUAGCUGUGUGGAGAUCUGUCCAGUUGACUAGAUAGUGUGUUUUACAUAUUGAUUCAAUAGGCAAAAUUACAUUUAUUCAAAUUAGCUAUUGAAUUUGUGCAAUAUGAAUAUCCAUGGGAACAAAUAUAACAUUACAAUUGUGGGUGGGUCAGUGGUUACCACUGUCACGUCACAGCAAGAAGGAUGUUAGUAUGAGUCCCAGCUGCGUUAGUUGGAAUUUCUGUGUGGAAUUUGCAUGUUCUCCCCGUGUUGGCAUAGGUUCCUCCGGGUGCUCCAGUUUGUCCAAUGACAAAUUUGGUCAUAGUGUAUGAGUAUGUGAGAGUGUAUGGGUGGUUCCCAGUACUUGGUUGCAGCUGGAAGAUCAUGCGCUGCAUAAAACAUAUGCGGGAAUAGUUGGCAAUUCAAUCUGUUGUAGCGACGCCUGAUAUAUAAGGGACUAAGCGAAAGGAACAUGAAUGAAUGAAAGAACAUCAUAAAGCUUAAAACCUUUUUAUACAUAUUCAAAUAUUUUGCAAUUUGACAUUAUAAACAAAUAAUCAGCUAUUAUAAUUACAGCUAUAGACUGACAUAUCUCACAUAUGAAAUAAAUAAAAGAAAAUAGUUCUGUCA